AUGAAUGCUACAAAAUUUAACCCCAAGGUCCAGGUUAUACUUCCAAAAGUUCUGGCGCUUGCCCAAAGAUUGUCGCAUGUCCAAGUAACACCUCUGCAUCUCGGAGCUACUUUGAUUGUUGACCGGACUGGUGUUUUCUAUCGAGCAAUCACGAGUGCAGGUGGAUGCGAUACCUCGGCUCAGUCAGCUGUGAAAGUGAUCAACCAAGCCUUAAACAACCUCCCAAAGCAGGCUCCUCCUACACCAGUACCAAACAGAGCCAUUCCUCAAAAUCCAGCUGGUGUUAACAUAGCCAUAGCCCAGCAGAUAGUACAGAAUCUUACCUUACCAGCUCCAUCCAUUAUUCCUCAAAAUAAUUCAAGUCUUGUUACGGUCUUAACUCGUGCACAGAAGAAGACCAAUGCGGGAGAAGAGGAUUUGGUGAUUAGUCUUCUUGAAGAUUCUCAAAUCAGGGAUUUGUUGCAAAACGCUGGUUUUGUGCCAGAGAAGGUCAAGUCUGAGGUGGAGAAGCUUCGUGGGGAAGUAAUCCUCAAGGCUUUGAAGACUUAUGGGACAGAUUUGGUUGAGCAAGCAGGUAAGCUUGAUCCUGUGAUUGGCCGAGACAAGGAGAUUAGAAGAGUUGUUGGGAUUCUCUCAAGGAGAACCAAGAACAACCCGGUGCUAAUCGGUGAGCCAGGUGUUGGCAAAACUGCUGUCGUUGAAGGUUUGGCUCAGAGGAUUUUGAAAGGAGACGUGCCUAUCAAUCUUACUGAUGUAAAGCUCAUUGCCUUGGACAUGGGUGCAUUGGUUGCUGGAACAACACUCCGCGGACAAUUCGAAGAAAGAUUGAAGUCUGUCUUGAAAGCAGUUGAAGACGCUCAAGGCAAAGUUGUUCUCUUUAUCGAUGAGAUCCACAUGGCUCUUGGUGCAGGCAAAGCAGGUGGUACCACGGAUGCUUCUAAUUUACUUAAACCUAUGUUAGCAAGAGGUCAGCUUCGUUGCAUUGGAGCUACUACACUUGAGGAAUACCGAAAACACGUUGAGAAAGAUGCUGCAUUCGAGAGAAGGUUCCAGCAAGUGUUUGUAGCUGAGCCUAGUGUCCCUGAAACUAUCAGUAUUCUUCGAGGGCUUAAAGAAAAAUAUGAAGGACACCAUGGUGUUCGUAUUCAAGACAGAGCUCUUGUUGUUGCUGCUCAGUUGUCUGCCCGCUACAUCACUGGUCGACAUUUACCGGAUAAGGCAAUUGAUUUGGUUGAUGAGUCUUGUGCACAUGUAAGAGUCCAGCUUGAUAGUCAACCAGAAGAAAUUGAUAACCUUGAAAGAAAAGGGAUGCAACUAGAGAUAGAAGUUCAUGCUCUCGAAAAGGAGAACGACAAAGCUAGCGAAGCUCGUCUAGUCGAGGUGCGGAAAGAGCUUGAUGACUUGAGGGACAAGCUUGAGCCUCUUACAAUAAAAUACAAAAAAGAGAAAAUGGUAAUUAAUGAAACUCGGAGGCUUAAACAGAGACGAGAUGAGCUCAUGAUUGCUCUACAAGAGGCUGAGAGACGAUAUGACCUUCCUAAAGCUGCUGAUCUAAGAUAUGGUGCAAUUGAGGAAGUUGUAUCCGCAAUAGCGAAAUUAGAAGAGAAUGCUAAAGAUAACGUGAUGCUUACGGAAACUGUUGGGCCAGACAAUAUUGCAGAGGUAGUGAGCCGAUGGACUGGGAUUCCAGUGACUAAACUUGACCAGAACGAGAAGAAGAGACUACUUUCUCUUGCAGAUAGGUUGCACGAGAGAGUUGUUGGACAAGACGAAGCCGUGAAAGUUGUGGCUGCGGCAAUUUUAAGGUCGAGGGUUGGGCUAGGAAGGCCACAACAACCGUCUGGUUCUUUUCUCUUCCUCGGUCCAACUGGUGUUGGCAAAACUGAGCUGGCUAAGGCUCUUGCUGAGCAACUCUUUGACGAUGAAAACCUAAUAGUUAGGCUUGAUAUGUCGGAGUAUCAUGAAAAAUACUCUGUUAAUAAACUUAUAGGGGCACCACCUGGGUACGUAGUGCUUAACUCAAAGUCUCUUAUUACGUGUUUUGUAAUUGAUGGUAUAAUGGAAAAUCACAUGAUAGUACACUUUCUUUUCUAG